AUGUAUCGCGUAGCUGUAUUUGCUGGCCUUGGGUCCGAAUCCCUCUUUUCACGCACUACUUUGGACACAGCUGUCCAAGAUGCAUCUUUGCCGGAAUCCCAGAUAAUCUUGCGAGCAUGCCAUGCUACCUUUCGAACGCAGAUAGAAAAAGCGAUAGAGCAAUGCCUUCUAUCCCCGGAGUUAGUUAGUCUAGACGACUUCGAUCAACCAGAAAGUCUCAUACAACCUCCUCUUAUAUAUCAUCACAAUGUUGUGAUACAGCACACGGCCAUAUAUCUCAUUCAAAUCUUUCGAUUCCUUCGUCAUUCAAGAGGCUCUCAUGAUGUCCAAGGCGCUGCUGGAUUUUGCGCUGGGCUGUUGCCCGCUGCUGUGGUAGCCACAUCUCACAACGUGAUUGAAUUCAUGCAGCGAGCACAGGAGUUCUUCCAUGUUACCCUCUGGCUUGGCAUAAACUCAGAAUCAUACCGCCGUACAGAAGUCUCCCGAAGUGGAUGCUCUCCUAAUCUACCUUGGAGUGUGGUAGUUCAUAAUAUCUCUCAUGAUAUCAUUACCGAGUUGCUCAGUGAUACUGAAGUCCCUAUAUACGUUAGCGCUAGAAACUCACUGGGUUGUGUGACCUUGAGCGGAAAGGGAGACCAGCUUGCGCAGUUCAUCGACGAGAAACUUCCAUCCCAAUGUAGAACGCGACCGACAAAUGUCUUCUCCUUAUAUCACAACCGCGAUAAAUUAAGCGAAGUUUUCCAUCAGACUGUAGGAAUCCUUGGACAGGAAAUAUCUUCUCAAUGGAAACUUCCGAUCGUUCUGGCGGUCCCACUUUUCUCCACGGUGACGGGUGAGGCCUUAUCCAUCUCCGCCAACCUAGAAGCUUCGACCACGCUCGGCGAACUGGUCUCUCUCCUGUUGGAAAUGAUAUUUCUAGAGCCAGUCGAUUGGGUAUCUGUCCAAGAAAGUAUUCUGUCAGAUAUUCAGCACCACGUCGAUUCAGAAAAAUGCGAGAUCUUGAACUUUGGACCAGGAUACGGAGUAUCGAAGCCAGCACAGCAGCUACCUCAGACUGUGGAAAUCCGAGAUGUCUCAGCUACUGGGGUAUCCAGCACACCUGGAGAAGGAGCUUCUAACAUAUCGUUAGACGACAUAGCCAUCGUUGGGAUGGCAGUUGACCUACCCGGCGCUUCGGAUGCUGAUGAACUGUGGGAUAACCUUUGCAACGGGGUAAACUCUUGUUCAGAGAUCCCAAGCUCGAGGUUCCACAUAGAUGACUUCUAUCAGAAGAAGGAUGAGAAGGGAAGCCGCGCCAAACGAUCAAUCAAUACCAGAUACGGAAACUUCCUAAAGAACCCGUUCCUAUUUGACAACGAUCUCUUCGAUAUAUCUCCUCGGGAGGCCAAGUCAAUUGACCCGCAGCAACGAGUGCUUCUUCAGACGUCGUAUCGCGCUUUGGAAGAUGCUGGAUAUGUUCCUGAUUCAACUCCCUCUUUUGCUCGCGAUACAUUCGGGUGUUUCGUCGGUAAUGCAACACUUGAUUACACCGAGAACCUUCGCGCUGAUAUCGACGUGUACUAUAGCCCAGGGACGCUGCGGGCAUUCCAGAGUGGACGUAUCUCAUACUACUUUGGUUGGAGUGGCCCAUCGAUUACACUUGAUACCGCUUGCAGUUCUUCAAUGGUUGCUCUUCACCAGGCAGUGCGUGCCUUGACAGCUGGUGACUGCAGAGCAGCACUCGUAGGCGGGGUGAAUGUUAUCACUAGCCCGGACAUGUACCUCGGCCUUGAUCGCGCACAUUUUCUCAGCCCUACGGGGCAAUGCAAAGCUUUCGAUGCCUCUGCAGAUGGGUACUGUCGUUCCGAAGGCUGCGGCAUUUUCAUUGUUAAGAAGAUGCGAGAUGCACUCGCGGAAGGCGAUCGAAUCCACGCUGUCAUAAAAGGAAUCGAGUUGAACCAAAGUGGGAAUGCGCACUCGAUUACUCAUCCCCACUCUCCCACUCAAGAGCAGCUGUUCCGCCAACUGUUAGGCAAGACGAAGAUCCAUCCUCACCAGCUGUCUGUUGUUGAAACUCAUGGAACAGGAACUCAGGCUGGAGACCCGAAUGAAUUAGAAAGUUUACGGAGUGCCCUGUGUAGUGGCCGUAGCCCUCGAAACCCGGUACACUUUACAUCGAUCAAAGCAAACCUUGGGCACGCAGAGGCAGCGUCGGGUGCUGCCGCCUUGGCCAAGGUGAUUCUUAUGAUGAGACAUGGAAAGAUACCACCCUUGGUAUCUUUAAAGAAUUUAAACCCCAAGAUUCAGAAGCUUGACGUGGACGGCUCCGUAAUUGAUCGCGAGGUGACAACUUGGCGACAGCCUGAAGGCCAACCGAGACUAGCAUUGAUAAACAACUUCGGGGCGGCUGGAUCAAAUGCUGCGGUAAUCGUUCGGGAGUAUGAAGUCCCUACUGUUCCCCGACAUACCCUUAGCGGUGAUGCGCAAACAUAUGUCUUAGGCUUAUCUAGCAAGAGCACUAAGGUCCUUAACAAGCUUCGCGAGGAGCUUAUUGCCGAAUUGACUCGGACUCUUCCAACAGGCUCGCCUUCUUUAGGCGAUAUCUGUUACACAAUGACAGCACGUCGACAACUUUAUGGCCACCGCAUCUCAGUAACGGCAGAUUCAGUUGACAAGUUAAUAAAGGCUUUGCAGAGUGCCCAACCCAGCCAUGUGCCACUUGCGAAGGCCUCUGGGCUUCGGAUUGCCUUUGUCUUUUCGGGGCAGGGGUCGCAGUAUUUGGGAAUGGGUCAGCAGCUCAUGUCCAUCUACCCGGUCUUCUCAAGAACCAUUCGCCAAUGCGACCAGAUACUGAAGAGAAAUGGCUUCCCUGGGUGCUUGGAAAUUAUCGAUCCAAGCACGGUGGCCAAUACAAACUUGGAAGACAACAACUCACAGAUUCAGGCUUUUCAGUCCGCCAUAUAUGCAUUGGAAGUCGCUUUGGCUCAGCUAUUGAUAUCGUGGAAUAUUCUUCCAAGUUUAGUCGUCGGACAUAGUCUCGGCGAAUAUGCUGCGCUCGUAACUGCGGGGGUGUUAGAUAUAUCGAGUGGUGCCCUCUUAGUUGCACGCCGAGCCCAGCUAAUGGUGACCAAAUGUGAAAUUGGGAAAACUUCGAUGCUAGCUGUGAACCUCGGGGCCUCUGAUGCGCGGGCGAUUAUCGCAAGCGACACCCGUUUCCAGCAAUUGGCCAUCUCAUGCGAUAACAGCCGUACAGAUUGCGUGGUGGGUGGGCCUGUACCUCAGUUGGAAGCUUUUAAGAAUCAUCUUAAAAGUACGAGUGGCAUCAAAAGUAAGCUCCUCGAUGUACCAUUGGCGUAUCAUACGGACGCCAUGGACCCUAUUCUCCCUGAGCUGGUGGAGUAUGCGAAUACUGUGGUAUUGAGAAAGCCUUCCAUUCCGGUUGUCUCAAAUGUCUUGGGGCAUAUAGUACCAGCAGGAGAGGAUGUGUUUACUCCUGAGUAUUUUGCACGUCACUCACGCCAGACGGUAGCCUUCCAACAAGGCUUAGAUGAAUACCUAGCGGAUUCUCCUGAUGCGGCGAUGACCCAUUGGGUGGAACUUGGACCACAUGCUUCCCUCCUCCCCAUGAUCUCGACACAAGCUACCACAGCACAGGCCGGCUUGGUGCCAUGCCUUCGAAAAGGACUUUCCCCAUCUGCCACUUUAUCGCAACUUUUAAGUCACUUUUAUCAGCGAGCAGCUCCGAUCAAGUGGCGCAAGGCUUUCGAUUUUCAGGAAAAGCCUCAACUGGUAGACCUCCCUGGUUUGCCGUUCUUCCAAUCUGAAUUCGUGGUGUCGUACCCUCAUGAAACUUCGGCUUUGUUAACCGGAUUACCCGAGAAAGUUCACGAGACGACAUCUAGUAAUGCAUUCCUUAGCCGGACCAUCCAAAAGGCCUCCGAGACAAAUGACUUCAUCGGAAUAUAUCAGACAUCAAUCCAGUCUCUAAGAGAGUUCAUUACCGGCCAUAUCGUUUGCGAGCAUGCUCUCUGCCCGGCGUCGGUAUACCAUCAAAUGGCUCUAUCAGCUGUGCAGGACAUGCAGCCGGAAAAGGGAAUAGAAUCAGCUUGGUCGUUGUCAGACAUAACAUACGUUGCCCCGCUUCUCUACACGAGCCAGUCGACCGCUAUAGUCCGCAUUCGUGUUUUCCCAUCUAGUGGUUCUCAGAAUGAAUUUAGUUUUGAGGUGUCGUCUUUCGCCGAUGGUACUGAACCAGACCGUGGGAUUACUCAUUGCAAGGGUCAUCUGAAGUGCAAGGUCAGAAAGACCACAGAGAAGAAAUACACACGAGCGGCUCGUAUGUUGAAAAGACAGGUCGACAGAUUCAUUCAUCCUGAUCCAAAUACCAUCUUAGAAACAUUCUCGACAAAAGCUAUGUACGAGAAUGUUUUCACCCGAGUGGUCACAUACUCCAAGUUGUAUCAACAAGUGCAAUACAUCCGCAUUAGUCCGGAAUGCGAUGAAGCAUAUGCGCGGUGUAAGUCUUCAGUUACACCCUCGAACACACCGGCAGAUAGCAGCGCUAUAUUUAUGGAUGUUUUGUUGCAUGUGGCCGGGUUUGUUGCGAACCUCUCCAUUGGCAGUGGAGAGGCUUGUAUUUGCAAAGAAGUGGAGUCGGCAUUAGUACUGCGUGAACCGGUCUCCCCCGGAACCAUGUUUGACGUCCACUGUACCGUGAUUGAAUUACCCAGAGAGGGACUUUUCAUCGCCGACGCACAGGCGACUGACGAGCACGGUGUUAUGGCUUCCUUCAAGGGAAUGGCCUUCCAGCGAGUCCAACUAGCUAAGAUCAACCAGGCGUUCGGUAUCCAAUCAAGGAGAGGACAGGGAACGUCCAACGCAGCACCACGCCCUCAGCAGCCCAAUAACACUAAAAAGGCCGUUGAACUCCAGCCUGCGGUUUCGGUUCCGUCGUCUCAAUCAAAAUUUGCUGUGAAAAACCUCAUAGCUCAGACGUGCGGAGCAGAUGCGACUGACUUAUCUUCGGAAGCGAAUUUAGAGGCAUUCGGCUUCGACUCAUUACUAAUGAUCGAAUUGGAAGCCCAAUUAUCAUCAGCCUAUCCUCAAUUAGAUGUGUCUGCCUUGGCAGAGUGUCAUACCAUCGGCGAUAUUGAGAACCUCUGCUCUGGACAGCAAACCAUAGAGACUCCUCCUAAUUCUGUUAUUGGUGUGCCAAACGAAGACGUAGCAGAUGUCGCCGAUGAUAUUCCGAAUAUUCAAAGGUUAACUCGUGCUAUUAUUGCCGAGACAUGCAGCGGGGAUGUUGAUAGUAUUGACUCAAGUUCCGAGCUGUCGGCGCUGGGUAUAGACUCGCUUAUGAUUUUCGAACUGGAAUCGAGUCUGUCGAAAAUCAGCAACGGUGGGUAUCUGUCGUCGUCUGAUUUGGAGGAAUGCCACACAGUUGGUGAUGUUGAGAAGUUGAUCUUAAGCAGCUACCCGCGAUCUCCAACACAAGACAGCAGCUCCGCCGUCUCAAGUUCAAAUUCAUCCUCAUCAACAAGCCCCGUAUCAUCAUCAGGUGCAACUACCCCCACCGCGACUCCCACCGCUCUCGCAACACCCAUAACCGCAGAAUCAUCCCAAGUCCUCUUCAACACUGCCACUAUCGAGAAAGUCACAAAAAUCCUCAACUUAGAUCAACAGCCUGAGAUCGUGCAAGCAGCUCCCUCAUCUCAACUUACAGGCAACGACAAGCGAGAGCCGUCUCUCUUCCUCAUUCACGAUGGCAGCGGCGUAUGCACGCACUACCACCGUUUACAGCCCCUCAGGCGUCCCGUGUACGCGCUACACGACCCGAAGCUGCUAGACCCAUUCGACGGGUGGAAAAGCCUCAGCGCCAUGGCGGAAGAAUACGCUCGCCAAAUCAGCGCUACAACUGCCGGGCCGUAUCUCCUAGGCGGCUGGUCAUUCGGCGGCGUCGUAGCCUUCGAAGCAGCACGUCAACUACUUUCCCAAGGGCAUGGCGUAAUCGGAGUGAUCCUAAUCGACUCACCCGCGCCACUAGACCAUCAACCACUCUCAGCGCGCAUAAUCGACGCAGUAACAAGCCAAGCCAAAGAGCCAGGAACCGAGGCAGCGAAAGCAAUCCGCGCCGUAACGCGGCGCAGCUUCGCUUCGUGCGCGAACCUUCUCGGCGCUUUUACACCCUCACCGCCGUCCGCGCAGCCCGUGCCGCGCGUCUUCUUGCUACGAUCGCGGGAGGGCUGGCAGGACGCGUCAGAUCCUGACUUCUUCGAGAAUGAGUGGUUGCAGGACCGACGCAGCCCGCGCGGGGCUAUCAGCGGCUGGGAGACGGUGACCGCGUCCAAAGUUGCUUGGGUUGAUAUCCCUGGUAACCAUUUCCAGGUCUUUGACGCUGCUAAUAUUGAGGCUACUUCCACGUCGAUACGUCGUGCUUGUGCUGAGUUGGAGGGCGCAUAUUCACGCGUUUGA